AUGGGCGAUAUUUCUGCGAACAUUGGCACGAAAGCUGCGGCCGUGAUAGCCGGUUCCUUCUUAUCUGGGGCUAUGAUGAGCAUUUCGAUCAACGCUGUACCUGUGAUGAUGGACACAAUCACGGACUCGCCGCAGCUACUUAACCAGUGGGCGCGCACAUUUUACUACGGAAUCCGCACAUUCCCAGCUAUUUCUGUUACUACUGCGCUGCUCUAUGGCUAUAUCGCUCUGAACAGGAGCGUGGUGAAACGCCCUUGGGGAAUCUACGUGGCCGCGGGAGUCACCACCCUGACAAUGGUUCCAUUUACUUGGAUUUUCAUGGACCCUACAAACCAAAGACUGUUCAUUUUGGGAGCCGACGUCGCCUCGGCACAGGUAGUGGAACUGUCGGAGGUUCAGAGUUUGAUCCAAAAAUGGAGUUGGUUGCAUAUUACUAGGUCUCUGUUUCCCCUCUUGGGGGCGGCCAUUGGUAUGUUUGCAACGGUGAACCAUCACUAG